AUGACAAUACUGCCCGCCAUCGUGCCCCCGCCGGAUCAGGCUAAGAUUCGGUUCAUGACCAUCUUCUUCGGCGCCAACGACUCAUCGUUACCAGAUGCGCCAAACAAGCAGCAUAUUCCUCUUGAUGAGUUCAUCAAGAACCUAAAGGACAUCAUGUCCCAUCCGCAGAUCAAAGCCCACGACCCUCGUAUCAUCCUAGUAGCUCCUCCCCCAAUCAACGAGCAUCUGUGGUGGCCAAGAGACCAGUCGAACGGAUAUGCUAGCGUGACGCGACUGGCGGGUGCGACCAAAACAUAUGCCGAUGCAGUCGUUCAACUUGGCGCCGAGCUUGGCCUGCCUGUCGUAAAUCUCUGGAAAGCCUUCAUGGCGAGGACGGACUUCAAAGCAGAUAUUUGGAAGCUGGGCGAUGAUCUCCCGGGCUCUUUAGACGUCUCGCAGAAUGACGCCCUCGUGGAGCUUAUGUACGAUGGGCUUCACUUGAACCCAGCAGGAUACGAGAUCUUCUACCAGGAGUUGAUCAAGGUCAUCGCAGAGCAGUGGCCGGAUCAGUCGCCUGAGAAGCUGCCCAUGGUACUGCCGCCGUGGAACGAUCGGGAAGCGUGGAAACAGUGGGAGAGUGCUCAGUCUUCUUCGAUCUAG